AUGAAUCGCUUACACAAACUCCUCUUUAUUGUGCUGGCAUGUUCAGCGCAACAAGCACUUGGAGGUACAAUUAUUAACGGGAGCGAAGUCCUGGCAAAUUCAUUGCCGUACAUGGCUUCUGUGCAACACAAUGGGAAACAUAUCUGUGGCGGAUUUCUAAUUGAAGAGAACAUUGUACUUACUGCUGCCCACUGUGACAAAAAGGAGUUGACGGUUGUUCUGGGAACGAAUGAUCUACGACUACGCAAGGUCAAGAAAACUAUGAGAUACAACGUUGAAAAAUGCAAACACGCAGACUUUGACAAAUCUUCAUUGGCGAAUGACAUAAUGACGCUCACAGUGAGAACAUACUUUUCCUACUUUAAUCCAACAUUUUAUGUGUGUUAUUUUCUGUCAAGACCAUCAAAAAUGAAACCAAUUAAACUUCCAAAAAAUAAUAUGAAGAUCAAAAAUAACACCCCAUGCCUUGUAGCCGGAUGGGGUUCUAUCAAAACUGGGGGCCCUACUGUUGAUAAACUCAGAGAGGUCGAUGUGGCUACUAUUGACCAGAGGACCUGUCAGAAGGCAUGGGGUCGUGAACGUCUCCCAGCCAAAACUAUCUGUGCAGGUGGAUACAAAACGGACAAAGGUUUUUGCCAGGGUGAUUCCGGAGGACCUCUGGUGUGCAGCAAGAUGGCUGUUGGAAUUGUAUCGUUUUAUUACAACGGUACCUGUGACUUGCCAGACUUACCUAACGUCUACACUGAGAUAAAACAGUUUCUGCCAUGGAUUAAUAACCCCAAGAGAAAAUGCAAGAUUGAUUAGUGUGUAUUUUUAUAUAUUCAAGCUAAAUGUGCAAUGCUGUGUUUUGUAGAUUGUUGAAAGAUGUAGACCGUAGGCUAUAUAGUUGCAUUAUAUUCCACUUGCAUCAGGCAGUGCUUCUUAACAAUAUUAAAUAA